UACAAAUAAGUAAUUUAAUAAAUUAUGUCUUCUAUUACAAUACGAGAUCUACAAAAUAAUGCAUUUAACAGUAAGGAAGAAAUAUUAAUAAGUUCUUGUAAGGUUAGCAAAUACCUCAAGAAAAAGAAACUAUCCUUUUUAUGCCUUGUAAGUGUGAUAGGUGUACCGUCUACAAUAAAUAUUACACAAAUAAAACAGAAUGAUAAGAUAUUCAAAAGGAAAAGAACUUGGGCUUUAGCAGAACUGAAAUCAGUCGAUGGUCAUGAAGAAUCUUCAGAUAAAUUAGAAUUUGAUUUACACCUAGAUAAAGUAUAUAGAUGGGUAGCUUUAGUUCCAUCGGAACGACAAGUUUUUAUUCAGAACCUUUGGAAAUUUUCUUUAAAAUAUGUAGUGCAUGAUCAACCAGUAUUCAAAAAUAUUCCAAAAAUUUGGGUAACUAAAGAUUUGACUAUUCAUGAAAAGUUUGAUUCGAACUUGAUGCCAUUAGAGCAUGAGCUGGUAGAAGACUUUCAAGUUAAUACCGAAAAGGAACAAGAGGAUCUUAAAAGAUUAAUGUCAGGAUGUGAAUUUGCUAUAAGUAACGCAGAAGCUUUCAUGGAAGUUUUGGCUAGAGAUCUGUCACUUCUAGAUGGUGAAAAUAUCCAUUGUGUCUUGGCAUCUGAGAAUCAAGUCGAGGCUCUCAUGGAACAUUUAGAAUUGGCACUAAAUGAAGUUGGUAGAUUAGAAACACAAUUAAAUGAUUAUGAUGAUAUUCUUUGUAAUGUCAGAGACACAAUGGAAAAAAUGGAAUAUAAAAAUUCGACGCUUUCUACCGCAAAUAUGAAUAACCAGUGGUUAAUGAAAGAGUUGGAAAAUUUAACAACUAAACUUGACCUUUCACCGGAACACCAACGAAUUUUGGAAGAUGCUGAUUUCACGACAUCUACGGGUCUUUCGCAAGCAAUAGAAGCAGCGAAUGUUUUAAAGAAAGUAAUUAAUUCUGAUAUAGAUAAAUCUUUACUUCAAAUGUCGUCGGUUCAAGAGCAAAAGAAAAAAUUCAAUAAACUUAAAGAAAAGUUCUCGAGAAAUAUUUGUAGACAGUUGAAUAAUUUGUUUAUUCAUUUUGGAAAUCAUAAAGGCGAAUCAGAAAAAAGUGUAGAUGGGUUAUCGUUACCGCAGCACAGUGGAGUUCAUAAAGAACUUUAUCCGUAUACUGAACUUAUUCAUUGGAUUAAGGUAAUGGAUAAACGAAUGUAUGAAUCUCUAAAAGAAGUUUACAUUUCUUCAAUGGGAAAAUUAUAUGAUAGAGAUUUAAAAAAUAUUUUUAAUGUGGCUAGAGAAAAAAUUGCGGUUUAUGGAAAUGUUGUAUCUCCCACUACCAUAAUAGGGCUAGAUAGAGACCAGUGGACAUUCGAAACGAGUAGCAAAGAUAGGGAGAGAUACGAUAGCGUAUUGGAGCAAGUUCUCACGCUAUUAGAACCAGUUUUUUUGCAAGAACAGCAGUUUUGUUUGAAAUUUUUUCAGCUGGACGUUAUAAAUAAUGUAGGCCAAAUCGAAACCGAUGCUGCUGCCGCAAGAAAAAUGGAAAAGCAGAUAGAAGAGGAUAUUAGAAACAUGAUGAGUAGUUUGUUUACCUGUCUCAAACCAGAACUAGACAUGUUAAUUAAUCACAUUAAAAAACAGGAUAAUUUUUAUUGCAUGUACGUUUUGGUUCGCUUAAAUCAACAUGUCAUGUCGGCUCAAAGUUCGUUUUUAAGUAACACAUUCGGAUCGUUACUUAUAGAAGUCAAACGAUCUUUAGAUCAAUUCAUGCAGCAACAAAUCGAAUCCAUUAAAGAAUGCAGAGUAUCGAAAAAAUCAAAAUGUGGCAUACUUUCGUACAUUUCAAACUUGGAAGUUUUCGCCAAAAAUGCCAAUUGUUUGUUAAAAAGUGACCGCGGAGCUGAUCUCGAAAAAUGGUACACUCGCUUAGUGGACACUAUGCUGGAAUAUAUUUCUAUACACGCUAAUGAUAACAAAACCCCUUCGCAGGUUAUUAAAAUGGAAAAUUACCAUCACUUGUAUUCGCUGUUAUCGCAAUUGAAAAUUUCUAGUUUGGAUAGCCAACGAAAAGAGGCCAAACAGAAAUAUAAUGAUGCUCUCAAUGCGUAUGUAACUUUGUAUUUUGGAAGGCCCCUCGAAAAAUUGAAUACUUUCUUUGAUGGCGUUCAGGCUAGAGUUGCUAGUGGAAUAAAAGCAUCCGAAGUGAGUUAUCAGUUAGCUUUUAGCAAGCAAGAGCUUCGAAAAGUUAUUAAUCAAUAUCCAGGAUCCCAGGUCAAGAAGGGAUUAGAGUCGCUUUAUAAAAAAGUUGAAAAACAUUUAUCAGAAGAAGAAAAUUUAUUGCAAGUAGUAUGGAGAGCGAUGCAGGAAGAAUUUAUUAGACAGUACAAGACUUUAGAAGAUUUAAUACAUCAAUGUUAUCCUGGAUCAAUGAUAAGCUUGGAAUUCACUAUUGAAGAUAUUUUGACUUUCUUUUCAGACAUCGCGCAGUCCCACUAGUUCUUAAAAAAAUUGCAAACGCGGUUCAAAAAUAGAAAGUAGUCGACAAAAAGCAGUGGCGGCCCGUGAGAAACAAGUAAUCAUGUCAAAGGGAAGUGUACUUUGGUGUUUUGCUUCGUAACUGAAGCAGUAUGAUUAAUAGCUUUAUUUGCGGAAUUUUUGGUACAGAGCCGCCUCUGCACCCUCACCAAGUACUCAGGACAGGAGCCGUUACUACUUUUUUUUGUUGUAAAUAAAUAUAAUUAAUUUGAUUUUGUUCAGUUCUCAUUUCUAAUAGGUAAUUACUUACCUGUGUAUAUUUUUAAAAGUUACUUGCCUAAUAAAUAAAAAAUAUUUUCAAUAUUUCUUUACUACUUUAAAAGAUCCAAGUGACUAAAUUUGAUACCUUUAUACAGGGUAUACCAAUCUUGAGGAAAAGUUCGAAAUCAUCCUUGUUGUAAGAGAUAUUUAAAAAAUGUAUUAACAAAAUUUGUAGGGUGGCUUGAGGGCCACAUUUUAAAAUACAGAAAGUUAUUUACAAUGUUUUAUUCUAUAUACAGUUAAAAAAGAAUAAUUUAGGUAUAUUUAUCAGUCGACCUUCAGUAAAUAAUACUUUUUAUAUUUCAAUGGAUUUACUUCAUUCUUAAUUUCCAACCAUAUUGAAGAAAUCAUUAUUAUCACUAAAAUUUUCAUUAUUUCUUUUGGAAUUACAAAUAUUUGCAUAUUCUGCUUGAAAAUUUCAAAAAGACUCAAAAAUAUUCUUAAAUAAUUUUAUUUUAAUUUUACAACUUAUUAAAAAAUAAAACCUAGUAUCUAUAAUAAACAUUUUGCGAGUCAAAAUCUCUGUUGAAAAUUUUGCUGUUGUUGCUGCUGUGAUCCAUUGUUAUACAUCAUUUGUUGCUGAUGAAAUUCUUGCUGUUGAGACAUUGGCAUUUGCUGAAAAAGAUAUUAUAUAAUUAAAUAUUAAAUAAAAUUUGAAAUUAUUUUUAGGCCACAAAUAAUGAAUCUUCUUGCAUACCCUAUAUUUUUUAAAUUUAGCUAGUUAAAAAGAAAACUUUCCCAAAUUGCAUAAGUAAAAAUAAACAUUAUUAUAUUUACCUGUUGACUCACUUGUCCAGGAUGUCCUUGGGGCCCAGAUAAUCGAACUCUUUUAGCAGAGUUAUGGCUAUCUUGCUGAUUAGAUUGUUGUUGAGAAGUUUGCUGUUGCUGUGUUGCUUGUUGUUGUUGCUGCUGUUGUUGUUGUUGGUUCUGGCGCUUGGUAUCUGAUUUUUCUUCUUGAUCAUCAUCAGUCAAAAAUUCUCUUUUUGGGUACGGUAUGGGGCAACCUGUAAUUUAGAAGAUUAAUAAAAUCUGCUACAUGAAAUUGAAAUAUUUUUAUUUUAAUAUUUCAUCCACAUUCUACCUGCAAAAACAUCUUGUGUUGGUAAGGGAUCUUCUGCAAAAUAAGGGUCUUGCAUUGCUUGUUCUGAUGUAAUUCUUUUAUUAGGAUCCAUCAGUAAUAAUUUUUGUAAUAAAUGAAAAGCUUUGCUAUCUGGUUUUAUCUUAUGUCUAUCCAUAUAUUUAAUUAAGGAACAGUUCACAUAACUAAAAAUAACAACAUAGUGUAACUUUUUGUUAAAUUAUGCAAAAAAUAAUAACAUACUUUGCUUUUUUAAAAUCUUUUAAUAAAGUGGGAUGUUCAGGCAUCUUUUUAAUAUCUUCCCAGUCUUUUUCAUGUGGAAAUCCCAUGACAUUAAAUAUCCUGUCUAGCUGGUCAUGAUGAUAAGGAUUACUUGUUUUAAUAUCUUCUUGACGACAGUGAAAUAUUGGCUCAGAUGUAAGUAAUUCAGCAAAAAUGCAUCCAAUGGCCCAUAUAU